GUGCCGAGCGCAUCGAACCCCGCUUGCUGCACAGAGGUGGCCAACAUGGCGUCGGCUUCCACCUCCGCUCUGACAGGGCUGGCGGGAGGCCGAGCGCCGCGGCGGACGGCGGGCAACCGGCUCUCGGGGCUUCUGGAAGUCGAAGAGGAAGACGAGUUCUACCAGACGACUUAUGGCGGCUUUACGGAGGAGUCCGGGGACGAUGAAUACAAAGGCGACCAGUCAGACAGCGAUGAUGAAGUGGAUUCGGAUUUUGACAUCGAUGAAGGGGAUGAGCCCAACAGCGACCAGGACGACGAUGAGCCUAAAAGGAAGCGCCGGGUGGUGACCAAGGCCUACAGGGAACCCAUCAAAAGCUUAAGGCCUAAGAAGCCAGAGGUCCCUGCCAGCAGUUCCCAGAAAGUCCGGGAGGAAAAAGCGACUCCAGUGGAGCAGGACGAUGUGAUUGACAGCCGGAAGCACAUGCGCCAGUCCACCACGGAGCAUACUCGCCAGACCUUCCUCCGGGUCCAGGAGCGGCAGGUGCAGUCCAAGCGCAAGAAGGGAGCGGCAGGCCCCAGCUAUGAGCGGCCCCUGACCCAGGAAGAGCUGCUGAAGGAGGCCAAGAUCACAGAGGAGUUCAACUUGCGCUCGCUGGAGACCUACGAGCGCUUGGAGGCCGACAAGAAGAGGCAGGUGCAGAAGAAGCGCAAGUGUGUGGGGCCCACCAUCCGCUAUUAUUCGGGGACCAUGCCCCUCAUCACCGACCUCGGCUGCAAGGAAGAAACUGUGGACGUGGAGGGCCUGGACCAAGAAACGCACCUCGCUACCCCUUCAGAGGCCUCUCCCCUCCCGGCGGCCAAGUGUUCUCGCACCUUCAUCACCUUUAGUGACGAUGAGACCUUUGAGUGCAUCUUCCCCAAAUCCCGCUCCCCCAAGCUGCCCGUCAAGGAGAUCUGUCCCGUCACCCACAAGACGGCUAUCUACCGCGACCCCAUCACCGACAUCCCUUACUCCAAUAUCCGGGCUUUCAAGAUCAUCCGGGAGGCCUACAAGAAGUACAUCACUGCCCACGGCUUGCCUAAUGCUGCUGCAGCCGCUGCUUCUAUGGGCACCGGGUUGGUCGCUGCGGACUCCGGCGUCCGAGCCACGAGGCAGAAGAUCAUCAUCAAGCAGAGCGUUCCCGCUACUUAGGAUCCUUCCUACAGCUGCCUUUAUGAUUCUCCUCUCUUUAUGCUGUGUCGGUACCUGCAAAAAGUGGCCGAUAUGCCAUUCCAGGCAUGUAUGAACGGAAUUCGUCAUGUCUGCCGAGUUUCCAAUCUCCGCUUGAUCUGAAUCAAAAGUCUGUUGUUUUGUUUGAUGUGAGAGUUUGAAUGGAUGCACAGUGUUGUGUUCCUAAUCCUGCAUGGAAGAAAUGAGUCUUUGUCUUGAUAUUUGAUAAAUAAAUGUUUGACCUUCCUAUUUGAAA